UGAGCAGUCUUGGUCCCAGGAGUCAGGAGUGAACACAGCCGCCUGCCCGCCCUUGACACCAGGUCCUGGGAGCUUCCGGUUGGCAAGCGACAUCUCUGGGGUGUAACUGAGGCUGAUUUGAAACCAGAGGUAAACCGACAGUCACUGGCCCCACCAUGUCGCAAGUGAUGUCCAGCCCCCUGCUGGCAGGAGGCCAUGCAGUCAGCCUGACUCCCUGUGAAGAACCCAGGAGGGUCCUGCACCCAGCACCCAGCCCCAGCCUGUCACCCCAGUGUCCUUACUACACCACAGAAGGCUGGGGAGCCCAGGCCCUGAUGGCCCCUACACCCAACAAGGGGCCCCCCAGCAGACUGCAGCAAGGCCCACAGACUGGGGCCAAAGCCAGCUGCCUCCUACAGUCCCCUAGUGAGCAGGCCUCAGGGGCCCUAGAGGACCUCGACUCCUACAUUGACUUCUCGCUGGAGAGCCUCAACCAGAUGAUUCUGGAACUGGACCCCACCUUCCAGCUGCUCCCCCCAGGAGCUGGUACGCCCUGGGCCGAACCCACCCAGAGCAUUACCACAAAGAAAAAGAAAGAUGAGCCUGAAGCCUUGGACAUAAAGUACAUCGAGGUGACCUCCACCAGAUCAAGGUGCCAUGAUGGCCCCCAGCGCUGCUCCAGCCCAUCUAUCACUCCACCCUUCGGCUCCCCGCUCAGUGGUGGUCUCCUCCUUUCCAGAGACAUCCCUCGAGAAACUCGAAGCAGCAGCGAGAGCCUCAUCUUCUCUGGGAGCCAGGGCAGGGGGCACCAGCGCCCCCCUCCCCACUCUGGGGCUCCCUCCUCUCAUCCCCCACCCUCUCCCAGCAUCUCCAUCCCCUGCAUGGGGAACAAGACGUCAGGCUCCCAUGGCUUGGGCUCCCCACUGGUGGCUUCUCCAGGCUUGGAGAAGGGGCUGGGGGGCCUGGCCCCACAGCGGGGCAGCAGGGUCUCUGUAUUGUCAGCCAGCCCAGCAUCCGACAUCAGCUAUGUGUUUGGAAGCAGCCAGUCCCUCCUCCACUCCAGCAUCUCCAGCCAUCAGUCAUCUUCUAGGUCCUUGGAAAGCCCAGCCAGCUCUUCCUCCAGUCUCCACAGCCUUGGCCAAGUGUCCCUGUGCACGAGAGCCAGUGACUUCCAGGUCCCCAGCAACCCCACUGCAAGCAUGGGCCAGCCCAGAGCAACCCAGUCCCCACCACUGGCCAAGGAGCAUGCCAGCAGCUGCCCGCCCUCCAUCACCAACUCCAUGGUGGACAUACCCAUCGUGCUGAUCAACGGCUGCCCAGAACCAGGGUCUCCUCCAUCCCAGCCGACCCCAGGACACCAGGACUUUGUCCGACCUGGGGCCACUUCUUCCGGCCACUCCUGUCCGGCCACCAGGAGCCACAGCCAGACCCUGCCAGAUGUUCCUCUUACCACAUCCUCGGAGGGUCCCCCCAGGGACAUGCAGCCCACGAUGAAGUUUGUGAUGGACACAUCUAAAUACUGGUUUAAGCCAAGCAUCACCCGGGAACAAGCAAUCGAGCUGCUGAGGAAGGAGGAGCCAGGGGCUUUCGUCGUGAGGGACAGUUCUUCCUACCGAGGUUCCUUCGGCCUUGCCUUGAAGGUGCAUGAGGCUCCUGCACCUGCCCAGAACCGAUCAGGUGAGGACAACAGUGACCUCAUCCGCCACUUCCUCAUUGAGUCUUCUGCCAAAGGGGUGCAUCUCAAAGGAGCAGAUGAGGAGCCUUACUUUGGGAGCCUCUCUGCCUUUGUGUGCCAGCAUUCCAUCAUGGCCCUGGCCCUGCCCUGCAAACUCACCAUCCCGCAGAAAGAAUUGGAAGGUGGAGAAGCCUCAGACCCUUCUACAGGCAGCCGGGCCUCCUGCCUAAAGAAAUCCGCAGGCUGCCAUGCCCUGUACUUGACCUCCGUGAGUGUAGAGACCCUGAGCGGGGCCCUGGCCGUGCGGAAGGCCAUCUCAACCACCUUUGAAAGGGACGUCCUCCCCACACCCACCGUGGUCCACUUCAAAGUCACCGAGCAAGGCAUCACCCUGACGGAUGUCCAGAGGAAGGUGUUUUUCCGGCGCCAUUACCCCCUCACCACCAUCCGCUUCUGUGGCAUGGACCCCGAGCAACGGAAGUGGCAAAAAUACUGCAAGCCCUCCUGGAUCUUUGGAUUUGUGGCCAAGAGCCAGACAGAGUCCCAGGAGAAUGUAUGCCACCUGUUCGCAGAGUAUGACACGGUCCAGUCGGCCUCCCAGGUCCUCAGCCUUGUGGGUACUCUGCUGCAGGACACAGAGAGGAUGUAGGGGGAGGGAGCUCCCUCUGCACCUUCCCAGACAUCCCAUCAUACACUGAUGAGCCAAUCUAUUGGACUGGAGGAGAGAGAGAUACCACACCUUGGUGAAACCCUUGAAACCCUGUGACCUUCAUCAGUGACCUUCAGCCAGACCCCACUGUGUCUCAGUUUCCUCAACCAAAUAAGGAGGCCAUAGACAGGACCAGCUGUUCUCAGACUUUGGUGGGCAUCUUAACAAGUUCCCUGUGAUCCUGAAGCACACCCACACCUGAGGGCCACAUGGAAACAACCUCUGAGGACCCCGGACUCCAUCAACGUGGAUACUACCAACACAGCAGCUUGAGUUAGAGAUAUGUGACCCUCUGUGGUGGCAAACAGCAGGUGCUGGGUCAGGACCCAU